AUCUGCUCCCUUGAAUAUUAUUUUUUGUCUACAAUAUUUUAUUGUUGAGCUUUCCACAGCAAUUGCCAAAACAUAUCUUGAAUUACUAAAUAGUUUCUUGUGUUGCAUAAAUGCUCCUUCAUGGCUGAUAUAUUACCCAAAGGUUUGCUGGGCAGUCUUUCCUGCAGUAUUCAAUUUCAUUUCUUAAUUUUGGUUGGGUAGGAGUCCAUGAUGGUGUUGACUCUCACUCUCUCAGAAAUAAAUUAGAUCAGCUGUGUUAGGACUAAACUCUUACUAAACUCUUAACUCCAUUUGUGGCCCCAUUUCACAGCCCAUAUUAAUUUGAUCAUCACUGAAGGGAGACACAGCUGUUGAGCCAUUUCCCAGCCCCUAUUAUUUUGAUCACUGAGGCAGGAAAAAACAGCUGUUUUCUUAUUUAUUUAAAAGACAUUGUAGCAAUUGCCACUGCUAUCCUUUAAGUCCAGUACUAUAUACUGAAGCUACAUCAAUUUAGGUUUGCUUGCUUACACCACCCAGCUACUAAUUGAUGAUAAUGUUUGUUUAGGGGGCCUAAUUUUCUCACCGUUAUGUCAUUGUUCAAGACAUUUGGUGCAUCAGCUCAACCAUCAGAAAGAAAAAAAUGCAUGUUUGAGUUUACAAUUGUUAUAGUAUUGAGAUUGGAGUUAAUAGGGUGAUAUAUUGGGUUUGAAAAUUUGUUCAUGGAGUCAUAUGUUGAUUUCAUCAGAUCAUUUUUUUUUCUUGCAAAUGUUAACCGUAGGUUAAACAGAAUAAAUGUUUGUGUUUGCACUGUUUCUCUAAAAGUUUUUUUCAGAUGUGAACUUUGAGUUUGCUCUUUAUGGUGUAUUAAUUAGGAGACUUGAGCGAAUGUCCCUUGUUCAAGUGACUACACAACUAUAUGGUAGAAGCUCUUAAUUGAGACCUCUUUAGAUGAACUUGAUGACUAUUUAAGAAAGCUCCAACUUGUGACUGAGCGUUCAAACAGGAAAAAAAAAUGUCUAUGGUCAAGAGAAUUGAUGGCCUUCAUAUCCAACUUAGGAAGUUAUAAUAUGUGGCGUGCAGAUGUGGUGAAUGCUCUAAAAUCAGGAUUCAAUUUUUGUAGUUUUGACUAUAUGCAAGGUUACUAUCACGUCCGCUUCCCUCAGCCCAGCUCUAUAUAAGAAGAGUUCAGAAGAUACAAAUUUGCAACCACAAUGGCCAACUCUUCUCGCAAGCAGCUCCACAUUGAAGCAAUUCAGACUGUGACGCCAGGGAGGGCUGCCGAGCCUGGCCAGGCACGUCGCAUUUCACUCCCAUCACCAACAAGUGCCGAUACUCUCCUGCGAAGCCAUGCAUGCAUCCUCCUGUAUUACCAUACGUCAAGCAAGGAGGAAACAACGGCAACCCUGGCAGCACAUCUUAAGGAGUCUCUUAACCAUAUAAUUCCUGAGGAGCCAUUACUUGCGGGAAGGCUGAGGAAGGAUGGAGAGAAAGAUGGGUAUUGGGAAAUCAAGUACAAUGAUGCUGGCAUUAGGCUCGUGCAAGCUGUGGUAGACACAAGCAUGGACGAGUUCCUGAGUGGUGAAGAUAGAGAAGCCAAGGAGGAGAUGCUGGCAUACUGGAUGGACAUCCAACAUGAGGAUUCCCAGUUCUGGCCUCUCUUUUAUGUUCAGGUGACAGAGUUUCAAGGAGAUGGGUACUCAAUUGGGAUCAGCUGGAGCAUCCUCCUCACUGACCACCUCUUCAUGACCCGUUUCCUUAAAACAUGGGCAAGAACUCACAGGGAAAUGCAAGUUCAGGGCGAGUUCUCAGAGGCAAACAUAUUUCAUCUCAACUAUUUCAAAACUCCUACCCGGACUUCCACUGAUUUCAUCUCAGGCAUUAGUACAACCCCCAGGACCAUCCUCUACAAGGCUCCUCGGUCUUCAGAUUUGCAAGCUCUUGUUCAUCACUUGAUUGAAAACAAUCAUGUUUCUGAAUUCUUAUUGUUUGUCAAUGACCACUCUGGAGAUUGUUUGAAGGUUGAGAACUUUGCAAGUGGCUCAUCAAAGACACCACCGGCGAACUGUUUUUCUGACAAGCUGAGUGUAGCUGGUUGGGAUGAACUUGAAGCUGGAGAUUUGUACUUCGUCUCGGAGAACAAGCCUGUUCACGUUUCCUUCCAAGUCAUAUCAUCUGAUGAGCAUAAAGGGCUUGUUGUUGCAAUGCUGCCUUCUCAACAAAUUGGUCCAAACUUAAUGAUCAGUGUCACUGUUCCUGUGGAGAAUUAGUUAUUUGUUAUGUUUGUGUUGUUUCUGAGCCACAAAGUUCUCAAAGUUGGACAUAUCUGAGUACACUGGUUGCUUAAUGUUUGUUAAACAUUGGUUGUGGAAAUUGAAUUUGAUGUACUACUUUAACUAAUAAUAAUUAAUAAUUUCCCAAGUUGUUAUUUGUUUGAGCAGAUGAUCAUCAAUGUAAUUUAAAGUCAAUAUAUAGCUGCCUCUCAUUCUAUUA